AGGCUACCUCCAAGGCGGGCUGUACGUAUGAAGACAGUACCUAUGAUUUGAAGUGUUAAGUACAUAAAGUACUUAAUAAAUAUGUGUUGAGCUGGUGUGCUUUUGCGACAAACUUCUAUGUUCUUGAUUUUGUCAUAAGUCUGGCAACAGCCUUGCGCAAACGAGGCCUUCUACUUAUAACUGGGAAGCCGCCGGGGGACAGGGACUUAACCUAACUUAACCUGCCUAGCAGCCACGCGCGCCGAUUUCCCCUACGCGACAGCCGACGUCAUUUCCUCUGAAAAGUACGAAUACUUUGACCGCGAUUGCGACCGGUCAAUCAAUCAACCUUUUCCUCAACUCAACAUUUCCCAUCCAACGCCGCGAUUAUCUUGCAUCGCGGCCACAUCGUCGCCGUAGACCACAACAAAGAAUAAUUUGCAAUUCUUUAAUUUGAGUCUUGCACUUGGUUCGCGAUGGGAAAGCGCAAGAAGAGUUCGCGAAAGCCUCAGGGCAAAAAGAAGAACGAUCCGCUCCCGACCGUCUUCACUUGUCUUUUCUGUAACCACGAGAAGUCAGUUAACGUCAAGAUCGACAAGAAGCUCGGAAUUGGCGAUCUUGAAUGCACGGUUUGUGGACAAAGAUUUCAAUGUGGUGUCAACUAUCUUUCAGCUGCAGUCGAUGUUUACAGCGAAUGGAUCGACGCCGCAGACGCUGUAGCAAAGGAUAAUAAUACCGGAGGUAGUUCUGCUACAAUUCCUCCGUAUCGCCCUGUGCCUAAACAACCAGCCGCUGGUCGCUAUGAGGAUGACGCUGAAGAAGGUUACGAGGGUGAAGGAAUUGUUCCUGACGAGGAAGAGGACUGAGCGAAGCCUGGUUCUUCCAAGAACAAAACCCCCUCUCACCAAACCACUUCGAGCAAGAAAAAGCCUAAGCAUUCAUGAUGCUCACAAAUCACGGCGCACGAUCAUUAGUGUCCUGGUUUUCAGUCCCCCAUAAACCCAGUCAGACUGACUACCUAAUUACGGUUCUUCGUAAGUCAUGCUAUCUACCAGAAUAGCUGGGUUGCUUUGCUAUUUGCACAAUGAAUAGAACCAACAUGGUUUCAGAUAGUGGUCAAUUCUGAAUUCAAUGGAUUAUUUCCUAAG